CCGUAACCGGGAAAAGCCGGAAAACACAACUACACUUAACUAAUACCGCAAUUUGCAUUUAUAGCAGGGACGGCCAACGUCUAAGUCUGCGGGUGUGAUUUUAUAUGAUGAAAUUCAGUGAAAUAAAUGCUGGAAAUCCAGCUAUUUCUUACAAACGUCUAGAACAUAACACUGUGCAAAGCUCAGACACUGCCCAACCUUUCUUACGUAUUAUUUGUCUUUAACAACACCUUAGCAUUUGCUAUCGUAAUGUGGCGUCAGAAACCGGAAAAGGAAGCGUAUUCCUCCUACACUGUGUAGGCUUUUGAAAAAGUAACGAAAAACAUUGUGAUGUCCAGUGACAGGUUGACAGUAUAAAAUGCCCAAGAAGAAAGCAGUCCUGAGUCUGAAGGACCUCUGCCUUAGUAAUGUGGCACAAAACAUGGCCAAUGUGUGGGCUAAAGAUUACACAGAAAAUUACCUAGACCAGCAUGAGUUUCUCUUCAUCCUGGGACCUUUCAAUGAACUUGCUGGUAUUCUUGUGCAGGAGUUACUACGUUUGUUGGGAGAAAAUGGUCGUCUAUCUCGUGCCUAUCUACACCUUCUAAUUGUUCCUCAUCUUAAAGAGCUUAGUUUGAGGUCAUGCUCCAGACUGGUCAGCAGUGCUAUAUGUCAACUUGUGGGCCUGAGGUGCAAGAACCUUACAACUCUAGAUCUACAUGGAUGCAGUCGAGUGCAGUCAGCUGUAUUGGUGGACCUUAUUGAAAGCUUACUAAACCUACGAAAACUGGACCUCUCUAAGACCCAGUGCAACACACAAGUGCUAGCAGCUGUUGGCACAACUUGCAAGGAGCUGAGAGAGCUGAAUAUUUCUGAAUGCAAACAGGUUACUGCUGAAAGUCUCCGGCACUUGGCAUAUGAUCAGACACAAGCCAAAUUCAUCUGUUCUGAACUUAGAGUACUUCUAGCCAUGGGUGUAGAACCUAAGGGGAAUUAUAACAAAGACUUCAUUGCAGCUCUUGCAUUCCUCCUGAUGACUUUACCUAACUUAGAAUAUCUUGAAAAUGGAUAUGUGAUGGAGGCUUUGUGUCUAAUUCAUGGACAGCAAUUUGGGCAGUAUGAUAGCUGUGAAAAAGACAGCAAAUUUCCAACCCUGGCUAAGGUAGCACAAUCUAGAAGGAAAGUAAAGUGUGGAGACUCUCAUAUAUCCUUGAAACUUAAACGUAUGAAUGAUGUUGAGGUUCAUUUUCUUGAAAAGUUCACAUCACUUUGCAAGGAAGUGGUAGAGGUUGUGAUCUCUUGCAGUGAUGAACCUUUCUCUGGGUGGGAUAUCUCUUCUUGGAGUCGACUGAGUCACCUUACCGUGCAGUGUACUGGUGUAUAUGGAAGGCCCUUAAGUGAAAUGGCGAUUGCACUAGAAAGCUCAGGAGGCACACUGCAGUUCCUUUCUCUCAACAAUUUUCUUUUUGACGAUGAAACAUCUUUGUCUGCCAUCUUGAAUCUUUGUCCCAACUUGAUUAUUUUCCAUAGUCACCUUAGUCAACCACAAGAUGCCUUCCACCAACCUGUUGCUAGAAGACAUGACAAUGCAGAGGAUGAUGAAGACCUUUCUGCUGCUGUACUACACAGUAAGUUCCCACACCUGAAAGAGUUCAGCUUAUUGAUGGCUGACCCCUCUGUUCCUUUGCCUUCAGCAACUGGGAUGUUCCUAAAAUGCACUUUAAUCUCCCUUUUAAAAAACUCACCAAAGUUAGAGAAGGUGUCACUUCUUUGUAUUCCUGUUUCUCUUGACAAAGUAUUUCAUAUGGUUCUUGUACCAUCUUCAGGUGCUUUGACAAAGCUGCGAGAAAUAAAUUUAUCACACAGCCAAGUCUCUGGUAGUACUGUACACUUACUGAUGAAUGCAGACAAUCAUUUGAAUUCAAUACACUUGGCUCACUGCCAGAACAUAUACCGUCGAGACUAUGAUGAAUUUUUACGAAUAGCCAAGCGUAAGAAAUUUGACAUUAACAUUACUUGGGAAUAAAUAAAAAUAACUAGAGCUUGAACAUCCAGAAUGCAGCUUUUUAAAAUUCACACUCCUUUGUCAAGUAUAUUUGUAGCAUAGUCAGUAUGCUACAUGACACUGUGAUGCUAUUUUAUAUACAGUGUUUUCUGUAUUUUUGUUGUGACAGUAAGGAAAUCAUGUUAGAUGUUAGUGUCUGUUAGGAGCAAAGUAAAUGGACUAUUUUCUUCAAA